AGUCGCCCAUUCUCUUUCGGUAGCUCAGUCAAGAAAGUGUGCCACGGAAACUGCACUCAAAGCUAAAAAUCAAGCGCGAUGGCAACCAAAAAGAGGCAACGCCUCAAGCAAGAGGACGAAGAAACCGAGGCAGAUUCAUCGUCCAGGAACAAGACAACCAAAAAAAAUAAGACAGCAGCAACAACGCCAAAGACGGUUGCGUUCGAUCACCGAUAUAUUGUUGCACCAAUGGUGGGGGCAUCCGAGCUUCCUUUUCGGCUGCUAUGUCGGAAGUAUGGAGCCCAACUUGUGUAUACUCCUAUGAUGCUGGCCUCGCAAUUCGCUACUUCGGCAGAAUACAGGAAAAAGGAAUUCCAAACCACUCCGUUCGAUCGACCUCUGGUUUGUCACUUUGCAGCAAACAAUCCAAAGGAAUUUGCCCGAGCCGCAGAGCUUGCCGAACCUCAUUGCGACGCCAUCGAUUUGAAUCUAGGUUGCCCACAAAGAACAGCGUAUGUAGGCCACUUUGGAUCUUACUUGUUGGAUGCCAAGGACCGGCCCCUCGUCUUGAGCAUGGUGCAGGCAGCUGCUAGCGCUGUUAAAAUUCCUAUUUUUGUUAAGAUUCGGUUGUUGGAUACGUAUGAAGAUACAUUGGAAUUGUGCCGGCAGUUGUACGAUGCGGGAGCCUCUUUGGUUGCGGUUCAUGCCCGGUAUCGAGCAAGUUUCCACAGGAAGGGAGCAGGAGCCCGCGAUGGUCCUGCUUUGUUGGAUCAGGUGGAACGGCUCCGACGAGAUCUUUCCAGCGAAAAAUACACCGGCAAGCUUUUGAUAACAAACGGGAACACCAUCACAUAUGAGGAUGUUGUCAACAACUUGGAACUCACAAAGGCCGACGGUAUUAUGAGCGCAGAAGGUAUUUUAGAUAAUCCUGCAUUGUACCUAGGACGGUUCGGCAGUCGACCAAACGGAGAUAAAGACAACGCUGUACAAAGUGGAGAAGAUCGCGCUAUGGACAUCGAAGUAAAGGGCGGCAAAGUUUUCGAUGAGUGGCCAAAGCGAAAGAAAUGGAUUAAAAAGCUGAAGAAAAUUGCAUCCAUAGAAUCAAAGAUAGAAAAGAAAGGCAUAGCUUCAAUAAGUUCGAAAGAAAAAAAGAAAUUCUCCCAAAAGAUGGAGCUUGAACAGAAAUUGAGAAAAUGCAGCGUCAGUGGUUCCACCUUUGUUUCCUUGAAUGAGCUUUAUAAAACCUCAGACGACAAGGUUCAAUUGGCGCUCGAAUACUUAAACCUAGUUCGACAAUAUCCUGCGACAAUGAGGACAGUCAUCUUUCACACGAGACGAAUCAUCAAAGACGAAUUGACAACCUACCAAAUGAUGGAAGAAUGCCUUUCUUGCUCGUCGAUCGAAGAUGUAGAGAACGCAAUUUUGAAAAUCAAGCAUUACCAAGAAAAUCCUGGAUCCUUUCAAUUCGAUGUGGAACGGGCUAAGAAAGAGCGCGAGGCUCUCGAAAGAAAGAAAAUAGAGGAAGGCAAAAGAAAAGCAUACGAAGCACGCAUGGUACGGAAGGCUAAACGGGAAAAGAGGGAAGACUUGGAAUAUUGUGAGUAGAUUUCUGACAAUGUCCUCCUGAAAUGCUUGUGGUUGCUCCUGGGAACUGAACAAUCAAAACUGUUGUAAUGUAACCUCAUUCUCUGUUGAACGGCAAAAAUAUUUCAUUGUAAUCCUAUUACGCUCAGACCUUCGACAGGGUGCUGCGGUCCCGACUUUAAAAACAGUAGAAGAGAUGAAGAUGUUGAGCAAAGAAAAGCAGUUACAAAUGUGGAAGGAGCGCGAUCAUUCGCAACACUGCAUGAUGUUUCACUUGUCAGGAGACUGCUCACGUGGUCGAGCAUGUGCCUUUCUACACGUCGCAUCUAAAACUAAAAAUUCGUUCGUAGAGAGCGACGAAGUUGSCGGGUAAUACCGAAUAGUUUGAAUCGUGGCGAUCRUUACAUUCAUGAUAAAAUUAGAGAAGUCAGCCAACCGGUUUUGGACUUUCCUUUUACGAGCAUUGAGAAGUACAUAUCAACGACUUGUAAACUUCCUUUGCGGCUUUUGCUCCACUUUCCAUAGCCGACUGGACCGUAGCGCACGUAUUUGUGUUUGCAUGCUCUCCCGCAAACCAAAUUGUAUUCUUGAUAGGCGUCGCCAAAUAGUCACGGUGUGUGAGUACUGGCGCACUUUCGCCCGGACGUCUUGUGCGUGCAUUGCAUACAUACCCAGCACCAACCGAAGGAGAGGAAUAAAUUCCCAACGUGAAC